UGUUAUUUAGGAAGGUAGGCUACUUUAUGGCUAUUUUGGCUAUAAUCCUGGUUGUUUAUUCAUGUUAUUUAACAUCUUCUUGGUUUGCUCAGGAUUUGGGCCUCAAUGCUUUUCUCAGCCUUGUACUUUAACCACACGAUUUAGACCAGUAGUGCCACAUUACACAAAUACCAUUUUGACUACUUGACAAAGACUAGCUGGCCUAAAAGACUAUUUUGUGGUCUACAGGCUGGAUGGGAUGUGGUCAGUGUUCAGUUAGCCUUGCAAUAGGUACUUAUAACAGGGAGACUCGCAGAGACGUGACUGCAUCUUAAGAACUGUGUUCCUUUAUUACUCACCUCACUGUUUCCUCACCUCUGUUUGGAAUUAGCUAAGUUAGUUAACAGUUCUUCUACCCGUGACCUGGAAUACAACUGAUUUUACGAUUUUAUGUUUAAUAAACCGUCUAAUAUUUCUCUCUUGUAUAAAAUGUCGUGAUUGUUCAACAAAAUUCGUAGAGAAACGUGUAUGGAAUAUUCUCCAGAGUAUCAAGCUAUACAGUGUGUUAUCUGACUGACUAUGGCCCCCGCCUACUUCAAACUUUCUCUCCCCCCUGAGUGCAAAAAGGGGCGCAAUAGGCAGGGGAGAAAGGGCGCAGUAAUUCCAUCCUUUGAGACAACAUCUUACGCGCGUCUUCUGUGACCUAUCCAAUUGCGCCAAUCUUGCCAUCGAAAUCACAGUUCACUUUCAUAUCUUUUCUAACACAAGUUAAAGUGACCAGAGCUCUACAUGUCCGUUUGAAACAAAGCGUGCGCAUUAGCUCUUACAAUUUCGGACUCAUCCCUGGCCGAACGAAGAUGGACAGCACGCAACUUCUGGCACUUCCAGUGCUCCUGACUUUGUUGCACCCUUCACCUACAGCUUCAGUGGCAGUGAGCACCGGCAAGGCAAAGGUGGUGGCCCAUGAGAACUCCAAUGCUGUCCUGUCCUGCGAGUUCAAGACAGAGAAAGACCCCGAUCCUCGCAUCGAGUGGAAGAAGAGCGGGAAGGGAAUCACGUUUGUUUAUUUUGAGGGCAAUUUUAGAGAGCCGUACGCAGGUCGAGCAGACAUUGAUGGGGCCACAGUGACUCUGCACAGCGUCACCCAGAAGGAUUCAGGGGUGUAUCGCUGUGAGGUCACUGCUAAGCUGGAUCGUGUUCCUUUGGGAGAGAUCAACGUCACCCUCAAUGUACUAGUACCUCCUCACACCCCGUCCUGUGAGGUCCCUGAGACAGUGCUGAGUGGCUCGGCUGUGGAACUGCACUGCAAGGACAAACUGAGUGUCCCUCCCGCCACUUACAGCUGGUACAAAGACAACAAGCCCCUGGCUCCGGGACACACGCCUGACAGCCACUACAGCCUGGACACACACACAGGAGCACUGAAGUUUAAAGCCGUUGCUAAAGCUGACGCCGGACAUUACCGCUGUGAAUCCUCCAAUGAUGUGGGGCCACCCAAGAGCUGUGCAGGACACAACAUGAAAGUCAAGGAGUUUGAGCUGAGUCUGCCGUUGCUCAUCGCUGUGGGAGCAGGGGCGUUCCUCCUGCUCCUCCUGUGCUGUCUGGGGGUGUGUCUCUGCUACAGACGGGGCUGCUGCUGCUGCUGCCGCCGCAGACAGAGUGAGUUCUUUAGUUUGCCCUGCUCGCCCUGGCAGCCUCACACACUGCUCGCCGCAUUACUGCAGCCUUCCUGACAGCCAGCCUGCCCUCUGAUGGGGCCGCUGGCCAUGCUAGCGUAUGCCGCAGACACACACACACACAAAAAGGGAUGUGGGGGUUUUCCUCAGCUGAUCAGCUGUGUUUGCCUGAAGUUGAAUCAUUCUGGAAGGAAUCUUGGGAAUGAGGUUAUGUAGAAUAAGCUGUUCCAACGAUACUCUCAUCAAAGACAAAUGUGGCCAUUUGAAGAACAAUUGAUGUGUAUCUAGCAGACACAUACAAUCUAUCUGAUUAUCUUUUUGGAUACUCCAUUAUACAUACUAAGGUCAUACAACAGACAACCGCAGACAGCAUAGCUGGUUCUAAACUUGACUGUUAAAACCAUAGUAAUAGUAAUGAAAUAGUAUUUAAAUAGUAAUUAAAACACAUGGCUCAGAAUGUGAACUUACUGUGGCUAUAGUCUGUCUAUUACCAUGGGUUACUGUAUGAUCACUAAUAUUACAUUUAAUAUUAGAUUAGAUUAAAACUGCAACCUCAUACAUUGGGAAAGAUGAUUCAUACCUUAUAAUGCGGAAUGCCACAGAAAUAAAUAUUAACGCUUUCAUUUUUUUCUACAGAAGAGCGCAAACAGAAACGGUGAGUAGGUCAUCUAGAUUUGCUCCUGUUGAAUUACACAAAUGUAAUAGAGCAGUCUAAGACAUGAUUGGCUUCAAGCAGAUAUUCAGCAUGUUGUAUUAACAUGUAUACUCUUGUUAAGACAUUAGAACUUUAGUCAUUUGGAAGACAGAAAUCAACUAAUUUUUGUUUUUUAACUGUUGUUGCCUUAGAAACCCCUCCAACUUCAGCCCCCCUAUGCAGGAUGUGAGUAACUCUUCAGAGACUCUUGUUUUUGCCAAAAUGUUCUAGAUGCAUUAAUUAUAGGUUACUAUACUGCAGUCACAUUUGAAAUCAGCAAACUGAGCCAUCCACUGUAAAUGAAUUGUUCACAAAUAAUUGAAACUUUUCUUCACAGCCAAGAUUCUACAAACACACAAAGUCCUUUAUGCUAUAAAGGGAUCACUUGCUUGUAGAAAUAUGCCAACAUACAGGAAUGCAGAGGUGGAGUUGACCCCAUUCUUCUUUUGAAUUAUCCUGCACUGGGAUGGUGGCCUCCAACGAACUGUGUCCACAAUAUUCCUGAGCUGUACUGUCCACAACGCCCUUCCUGGCCCACG